GUCGGGGCUCACUUUGGAAUCAUCGUAGACAACGGCCAAACGUUAUGUAAAAGAGCAGCGAGGGUGAAAGAGAAUCUCCAAGGUCAAGGCAUCUUUACUCGCCUGUCAGAGGUCAUGGAUGAAGAGGUCAGACGGCACGGCAUGAUCAAGUGGGAGGUUAAGACAUGCGCGUGGGCCAACGCCGAGAGAGUCCGAAACGGCUACAUCCAAAGAGCAAACUUCAAGGAAUUAUACGCAAUGGAAUCUUACGACAUGUAUCUCAAGGUGAGCGACAUUCUUCCUGUGAGAGAGACCAGCUUCUCAAACAUCAGACCAAUGACUCACCAAGAUCUCUGGAAUAUUUUCAACGACGAGGGGAUAUGUGAAAAGUUCUUUCCACGCGGAAGAGUUCCAUCAUUUUGGGUUCCUCUUAGGCCGGUCGAAGAUAACCUAAAACAUCUUAUAAACUGCAGAACCCACAUAUUUAUGUCGUGCAAAUCUCACGCGAAGUUCGAUCCCGAUUCGAAACCACUGGGAACAAUAAAGGCUUCGGAUAUUUCUAUGAUGUCCCUUCUGUUUUGCUACACAACCGAAUCUGGCUUCGUUUACAACACUGACCUUCACGGCCAAGACUUCAGUGAUCUGGAAUCUCAUCUCAAAUUUCACCUACACCGACUUCAGAAUGUAGGGCACGAAAGUGUCCGCUGGACGAUAAUGUUUGACUCCAGUCACAAAGAUGUCAUUGAGGAAAGGAUAGGGCAUUGUCUCAAGGAGUAUGGCGUCUCUCUCACACAGAAAGUAAAAUCCAAGCAAGAUGUGUAUUUCGAGAAAAUGCUUUAGUUCGAAACCUAAUAGAUCUAAUAAUAAUAGAAUUGCAUUUAUACAGAGCAUAUCCACACUCUACAGAAUGUUUUAUGCACUUGACAAAGAUUUUUAUAUUAUUAUGCAACGUGUAUGAGUUUGCCUACGCAAUAUGAGAGUUUGACUUUAGCAACGUUU